GAUAUAACUCACUCUAGGUUUCGAAUGGGUCAACGGAGCUAGUUUGUCAUCAAAACUAUCAGCUACUACAACCGCCUGGAGGACUUCUUCUUGUUUUAAUUCAUCAGCAGAUAUAUUGUGAUGCAUCUUAUUACGAGACUAUAUUAAGAUGGCGGCGCCCAUACAAAUAGACGUGGAUUUAGGAUUUGUAGAGAAAACGGACGAAUGGAAACUAUCCAGUGGAUUGUUCCCAAGUAAAGUAGGUGGAAAACCUGCAUGGCUAUCAUUAGAAUCGAUACCAUCAGCCGAUGAUGUAAAAUGCCAAAAUUGUGGGAAACCUUGCGUAUUUUUGUGUCAGAUUUAUGCUCCAAUUGAAAAUCCAGUUCCUGAACAAGUUGAUUGUUUCCACAGGACAGUGUUUCUUUUCGUAUGCAGUGAUCCAAAAUGUUCAGUACGAAAUGACAAUAGUAAUCUAGUUGCAGUGAGGUCUCAAUUGCCACGUAGAAAUAACUAUUUUAGCUAUGAUCCACCUAUAGAAUCAAAAGCAGAAAAGGCUGAAUAUAAAACAGCUAAGGACUUUCAAGACUUAUGCGUGGUAUGUGGGUGUUUAGGAAACAAGAAAUGUGCACAGUGUGGCCAGGUUUGCUAUUGUAGCAAGGAGCACCAAAGUGUCGACUGGAAGAAAGGUCAUAAAAAGUUGUGUGGUAAAGAAGAUGGUAACCCUGUUAAAAACCAUGGGGUUAUGUUCCCGGAGUAUGAACUACUCAUAGAAGAUGAAGAGGAAUAUGAAGAACAAGAGGAAAAGUCUGAAGCAGAGAAAAUGAGUGACUUCAGCCGUGUGGUGGGCUCAGGUUUAGUCAGUGAUGUUGGGAAUGAACCAGGUGCUGUCAAAGACUUGGAAAAGAUGGCACUUACUGAUGAUGAAGUUGAUGAACAAUUUGAAGAGUUCAGAAAAAGAAUAGCACAGGAGCCAGAACAGGUGCUGAGGUACAAUAAAGGAGGCACCCCACUCUGGAUAUCCUCCCAAGAUAAACUUGGAAAGAAAAGUGUACCACAGUGUCAGUACUGUAAUGGACCUAGGCAGUUUGAAUUUCAGAUUUUGCCUCAGAUGUUGACACACCUGGACGUGGACAGUCUACAGGACUCUUUAGACUGGGGUACCCUUGUUGUGUACACUUGCUCUAGAAGCUGCAGCAAGGGGCCUGUUUAUAAACAGGAGUUUGUCUACAAGCAAGAUAUCAGCCUAAAAGACAAUAUAAAGGGAAAAAUAUAAACUUUACAUGUUGGGAACUUUAGUGGAUUGCAAACAAGACUAAGCAGUCUGUACUAGACAGUAGUAAUUGAAUUCUUUGGUUAGAAUCUAAUUUUAAAUGAAUUGUGCAAGAAUGUUUAAAUGACACAAUAUGCUUAAUUAAAUGUCUUAUUUUUAAAAUAAAAUAAAUAUUAAAGUCAAAUUGAAUAAUUGUGCUCACGUUAUAUACUACAAGUAAUUAAUAUGCA